CUCGUUUAUUAUUCACGUUGUAAUAUUUGCUCUUGUGAAAACAUGUCCUGUCCUUGCGUAAAAUAAAAUCAGUAUAACAUUUUUUUAGCUUUGGUGAUAGUAUUAACGGGUUAGGAAAUCCAAGAAUUAUGCAUUAGUAAUUACAUCGACUCAGUAGAAAUGGCAAAGGCUUUUCAAGCAGUCAAGCAGGUUUUCUCAAGGAAAAAGGGAGCCAUUUACAAUGGCCGAGGAGAGGAGUUCAAGUACUGGGAAAAAUAUAUGAUGCGAGAAAAGGCUAAUGUCAGGGGACCAGAAAUUUGGAGGAUGUUUGUUGGCUACAAGAAGAAAUAUAUACAUGACUGGUACUACGAUGAACAUCUUCCAAACACAACUAUAUCACAAAGCAAGCAAGUAAUGGGAAUAGAGAUGCCCUUAGUAAAACCGAUCAAAGAAUGGAAUAUAUAUCUAGGUGACAGGGUGGAGGUACUUGUUGGCAGAGAUAAAGGCAAAAUAGGUGAAGUUGUUGAAAUAGUCAAAGAAAGAAAUUGGUGUUUUGUUGAAGGGCUGCAUAUGGAGUACAAGAAUGCAGGUAGUAAUGCGUACAAAAAAUAUUUGAGAAGUUAUCCAAAAUAUAUGUCAAGUGAAAAGCCAUUGUUGGUUACGAAUGAAGUCAAAUUGGUUGACCCUGCCGAUAUGCGUGCAACAGAUAUUGAUUGGAGAUACACAGAAGAAGGUGAACGUGUGAGGGUUAGUGUAAGAAGUGGAAGAGUUAUUCCAAUACCACAUAAACAUAAGAAAACAUGGGAAGACUUUACCAGAUCCUGGGAAGUGAAAGCAACAAAGAAAGAUACAGCAGCAGCUAAUGUUCAGAAAGAAACUUAUGAACCCAAAUUGUGUACAUUUGAAGAGGAUAUAGCAAAAAGUAUGGGUAUUGAGUUGGAGAAAAGACCAAAUAGAAAUAGUUACUGGUAUUGAGUGUUGACACUGUAAGCAAGAAUAAUAAACAUGUGAAAUAAU